UUCAUUUUCAUAUUUACAACAAAUUUAAACACAAUAAUUUCCCAAAUACAAACAGUAGCUUCUCACGCCUCUCUCAGCUCAGCCGUUUUAAAUCCCAAUAAUCCAUUCCAUUUCAAGAAAAAAAAGGGCAACCGUUUUUCUCCCCUUUCCCACCAUGAUUGCCUUCAUCGAGCGAUUCGUCCACGAAAACGACGUCGAUUCAUCCGAUUCCGCCUCCGAUUACGCCGGCGAGGUCCUCUCCGACCUCUCCGACGCCGGCCACGACUUCGGCGGCCUCCAAUUCUCCAAACCCCUGGCCGUCCUCCGCCCCUCCGACGCCUCCGACGUCGCCAAAAUCCUCCGAUUAGCCGCCCGCUCGCCGCACCUCACCGUCGCCGCCCGCGGCAACGGCCACUCCGUCAACGGCCAGGCCAUGGCCCACCGCGGCCUCGUCGUCGACAUGAAAUCCCUCUCCCUCCCGAUCCACGUCCACGCCGACGGGAUUCACGCCGACGUCGCCGGCGGCGCAUUGUGGGAGGACGUCCUCCGCCACUGCGUCGUCAAUCACCGCCUCGCGCCGCGCUCGUGGACGGACUAUUUGGGACUAACGGUCGGCGGCACUUUAUCCAACGCCGGCGUCAGCGGCCAGGCCUUCGCUCACGGACCCCAGACGGAAAACGUCACGGAGUUGGAAGUCGUUACGGGAAACGGCGACGUUUUAGUGUGCUCGAAGCGGCAGAAUUCGGAGCUCUUUUUCGGCGCGCUGGGCGGACUCGGGCAGUUCGGGAUUAUCACCCGCGCCCGAGUCCUUCUCCAACCCGCACCCGAUAUGGUGAGGUGGAUAAGGGUGGUGUACACCGAGUUCCGUGACUUCACCCGGGAUGCCGAGUCGCUGGUGACUCGGCCCGAUGGGGACACGUUCGACUACGUCGAAGGUUUUGUCUUUGUCAACAGCGACGACCCGGUUAACGGGUGGCCGUCGGUUCCGCUAGACCGGUACGGGUCAUUCGACCCGGGCCGAUUCUCCAACUCAGCCGGUCCGGUUCUCUAUUGCCUUGAGGUGGCCUUGCAUUACAAAAAUGAGGAUUCCCCUUCCACAGUUGACACGAAAGUGGAGAGGCUGAUGGGAGGGCUGAGAGGGAAGGAGGGGAUGAGGUUCGAGGCGGAGUUGGGGUACAUGGAGUUUCUGUUGCGAGUGAAGAGGGUGGAGGAGGAGGCGAAGGCGAAAGGUAUAUGGGGUGCCCCACACCCGUGGCUGAACCUGUUUGUGUCCAAAAACGAUAUUGGUGAGUUCGAUCACGUUGUUUUCAAGAAUAUUUUGAAGCAUGGCGUUGGUGGCCCAAUGCUCCUCUAUCCUCUGCUACGCUCCAAGUGGGACAGUCGGAAAUCGGUGGCGCUGCCGGAGGGGGAGAUAUUUUAUUUGGUGGCGUUGCUCCGCUUCUGCUCGCCUUACCAAGACGGCUUAUCUGUGCAUCAAAUGGUUGUACAGAAUCAAGAGAUUCUUCAAAGCUGCACUAAACAUGGGAUUGACUACAAGUUGUACCUUCCUCACUACAACUCUGUAGAGGGAUGGAAGCGUCAUUUCGGAAAUCAAUGGACCAGAUUUCAAGAGAGGAAAGCACGGUUUGAUCCAAUGGCUAUCCUUGCUCCUGGCCAGAAAAUAUUUUCAAGAAAUUGGCAGCACUCGUGAUAUAUUCAUAUUAUUUUUUUUUAAUUUUUGUUUUGUAUUGUUAUAUUCUGCGUGUAUCUGUAUUAGGUUUUAGGAGUUUUGAUUUGAAUUGGUGAAAGCAGAAUGUAAAUGAAUUUGUGGAGGAAAUUUUGAUUUUGAUUUUGAUUUUGA